AUGAGUGAACUUUUGGCUGAAGAAUUGGUCCAUGAAGACGGAAGAUCGGUCGAUAGCCGACAGGAUUUAGGUACGCCAAUGGCAUCUGAUUUGUUGUCCACAUCGGCAUCAAAUGAUAUUAAUGGAGACAGUAGCAACCAGGGCUCUGCUAGCGAGUAUGAUAGUGAAGAGGAGUACGAUUCAGAUGUAAUUGAUGAGUAUGAGAGACAGCUUUCCGAUGCUCAGCGAGAAUGGGAACGUUCUUUAGAACAGCUAUGGCAGGCGGUGACGUGGAUUAUACUACCGCUAGCGGGGAAACUUCUCGGCAGAAGAACCGCAGGCAUAAUAUGGAGGAAGGUGAUGAACCAUUUAUACUCUUGA